AUUACGAAGAAACAGAGAAAAGUACUCCGUACCUACUACAUCUAGGCGAUGAAUCGAGCAGCUUUCGACAUCCAACCUAUUGGUCGCUUCUAUGGAUCCAGCGCUGCCAUUCGACGACCCAAGGAAGUUGCUUGUUUCUCUUAUGAUGACCAACACAGCUUUUCUCUCGGGGAAUCAUCCCUGCGCUACUACUAUCCACCGCAACUCCCAGCGGAUUUAAACCGCGGCUUUGAUACCUUCCAGAAGCUAGAUGAUUCUGCCGAUGAGCACCUAGACGCUCUGCUGGACACUAUCAUAGCUUUGGAAAAAGAGACGGGGAAGAGAUGCGAAUCUGACAUCAUUACCUGGAGAGGCAUGAUGACCAAGAUUCUAACUGCACCAUUUGAUAACAUGAACGGAUUCGAGAUGAAUGCAACUUGCUUUCAGGGAACAAUAUUCAUUGAGGAAAACAAUGCCUACAAGAACGAACAGAAGCGUAUCCAAAAGAACCAGCGAAUGCCUCCUGGGAUGGCUUCCCAAGACCUAAUGGCCUACUGGGGAUACAAAUUCGAGACGAUAUCUGUUCUCGACAAGCCAUGGGAUGAAACCUCCCGAACGGAGAUCGAAGGUCGUGAAGACCUAGUCGUGAACAACAAUGCCCAGUACUGUUCCGUCGCGCGUACUGGAAUCGGCCAAAUAAAGCUGGUUCUGGGUGGAGAAGUUGAUGCCAUUUGGGACUGCAAGCCCGGCCGCAAAGAAGACCCCAUCAACUGGGUUGAGCUGAAAACCUCAGCAGAGAUCCGGAACGACCGAGACUCUGUAAAGUUUGAGCGGAAGCUUUUAAAAUUCUGGGCGCAGUCAUUCCUUCUUGGUGUUCCCAAGAUCAUCGUCGGCUUUCGCGACCAACAUGGCAUCGUCCGCCGGCUGGAAGAGCUCGAAACGGCAAACAUACCGAGCAAAGUGAAGAAAUCCGGCCGCGGUACAUGGGAUGGGAACAUCUGUAUCAACUUUGCCGCCACCUUUCUAGAAUGGCUCAAGUCCACUAUCCAAGAAGGAGGGACGUGGCGGAUCCGCAGACUCGAGAAAUCAUCAGUCAUUGAAGUCUUCAAGAUGGAAGAGAGCGGAAUGGGAGAUAUCAUCUCACCUGCUUUUGCCGCUUGGAGAGCUACAACAUGAGGUUAUCUCAAGAGGUUUUCUUAUCGGACUACAUGAAGAACAACUGCACAUCAAAUCAAGUGUUCUUUCCCUGCCACAGCUAAGAAGCCGAUUUACGCUCCGCCUGUAGAGGAGGCAGCUCAGACUCUAGGUCUCCAGGAACUACUUUCCCGAGCGCUGGGGUAUACAUAAAUCUUGCAAGCUAAUUCAGCGUCCAGUGAGAAAUCUUACUACCAUGCUACCUUCUGCUCCUACAUAUUCAUUGCUUGCACUAGCACGAUUGCAAGUCAAUCAUUGAUGCCAAGUUUGAUUGGAUCUACGUGGAAAUGGCCGCCGGCUUGGGACCGGGGGGUGGCUGUUGCAACACUCAAAAAACUGAUAUGCACGAUAAUAAUAAUACAGGAU